AUGCCUCCCACUACCCUUCUAAAGCUUGUCCGUCCUUUAGCCCAUCAAAUCGCGCCACGCACAAGCUCCUCCCUGCUCCGCACCGCAUGCCCAAAGCGCAGCUUCUACAGCACCAACCGCUCCUUGCAAACACCAAUACAAACAUCCAGGUCCUUCGGCUCCUGCAGACCUGUUCUCAAGGGCCUAUCCCCCGAAUCCGAAAACCCAACCCCCACACCAUCCGCCGAAGCAAGCUCAACGCCAGCCGCGCCGGCAAACCUUACAGCGGAGCAAUACAACGAGUUCAGCGAUGCGUAUAUGGACGCGCUAGUAGCGAAGCUUGAGGAGUUGCAGGAUGCGAGCGAGGAGAUAGAUGUGGAUUAUAGCGCAGGCGUUCUAACCCUCGUCUUCCCACCAGCCGGCACCUACGUCCUCAACAAACAGCCUCCCAAUAAACAGAUCUGGUUUUCCUCCCCCGUUAGCGGACCUAAACGCUACGACUUUGUCAUGGCUAGUGAAGGGCAGGAUGCGAAAGAGGGCACGGGUAGUGGCGAGUGGGUGUAUUUGCGGGAUGGGAGUACGUUAAAUGAGGUCCUUGCGAGCGAAAUCGGGGUUGAUAUGGACAAUGCUUAUUCGGCGAUUGGGCAUUUGGGGGAGUGA